AUGAAGCAUGAGAUCUCACAGAAUCUGCAAACGGCAGGGCGUACAGAAAAGGACCAAGAGCUGGAAGACAGUUCAGUCUCCUCCUCUGCCGAGUCCUCUGACGACACGUCCUACUCCGAAGGUGGUGGGGCGGUCUUCCGCAGCUUCGUGGCACAGGAGGGUGACACGGAGGUAAAGAAAGAAGUGAGCAACUUUGUUUUCGGAUCUUCCGUCACACAGGUUGAGGACCCUCAGUUGAGUCCCACGCCGACUAUUCCCGCAGAGCUAUCUAUGCGGGCUCAUGUGGGCAGAGACUCUGCGAUCUGA